GCGGGUGGGCUGGGUCCGCGGCUAGAGAGCGCGUGUAUUUGGGUCCCGGCGGAUCCGUCUGAGAUUCGCGCUGAAAGCCGGACUGACUGCAUGGGUUGGUCUCAGGAUUUGUUCCGUGCUUUAUGGAGAGCGCUGUCAAAGGAAGCGAAGGAGCAAGUCGGCACAGACCUGUUCGGGAACAAAUACUACUAUGUUCCGGAAUACAGGAACUGGAGAGGAGAGACUAUUCGAGAGAAAAGAAUUAUAGAAACAGCAAAUAAAAGAGAAGUCGACUAUGAAGUAGGGGAUAUCCCAACAGAAUGGGAAGCUUGGAUUAGAGGAAAAAGAAAGACUCCACCUACGAUGGAGGAAAUCCUAAAGAAUGAAAAAAAUAGAGAAGUCGUUAAAAGGAAAAGCCAAGACCUUUAUGAAGAGGAAAAACUUAGCAAAGAGAACGAAGAACUUUUGGCUCCACCAGUUCAGACUCAGAUCAAAGGCCACGCCUCUGCUCCAUACUUUGGAAAGGAAGAACCCUCAGUGGCUCCCACCAGCACUGGUAAAACCUUUCAACCAGGAUCCUGGAUGCCACAAGGCGGCAAGAACCCCAAUCAAUGAAUGCACUGUGGUAAUACUUCAUUUGUAUGUAACUUUUUUAACAAUAAAAGAAGUAAAGAUUACUUUGUUAUUUUCUGACUGUACAAUAGUUCUCUAUCCCAGUAAGCUUAGAAUUCAUUUUUAGUAUGCAUAAGAAAUGUGAGGUUAUGAACUAUAGAAACCUUUUUUUCUUUAAGAUUUUUAAGUUCUCUCUCCACCCAACGUGGAGCUCUUUUUGCACACUACUGACUGAGCCAGCCAGGUGACCCUAAACCUGACUUCUUUUAGACUGAACUCCUUCAUUUGCUUUAGUCAUCAUUCUGUUUAUUAAUUUGUCUGUUAAGAUUGCUCCCUUGAGAAGGAUCCUGUUAAGAUUGCUCCUUUGAGAAGGAUCCUGUCACUUUAAAUGCUCAGUACAUUUUGGAUCCUUAUGAUCAUUUAGGAGCCCUAAUGUAUAUAUCAUGAUAGAAAUAAGGGUAGUUAGUGAGCUCUCCUAAAUUACCCAAUUAAAAAAAAAAAAGUGAGAAGACUGCUUGUAAGAUUCUAAAUUAAUCAAAAACAUGAUCUUGGAUUAUGUGAAGGCCAAGAAAAUUUAGUUGAGAAAUGGAUAUGAAAAAAAAAAAAAGGCCAUGAUGAGCGGAUGAGACUAAAACUAGCUUAUGGCAGGAUUAAGGUUGGCGUUUGAAGCGAGGAAUUAGGACCAAUACAAGUAGCCAAUCUAUCGCAAAAGUCUUAAACAGAGAAAUGGUACAACUGGAGUUCUAGGAGAUUAAAAAUUAUCUUAAGAAAAUGAAACAUAGGGUUCUGAGCAAUUCCAGUGACAGUAGGGACUCUAGUGGCUCGUAUAUUGAAGAAAAAUGUAGACAGGUGAUGUUAAGACACUCAUUAUCAUACAAAAGUAUUUUUCUAAUGUUUAUUUGUUUUGAGAAAGAGAGAAAGAAAAUGAGUGGGAGAUGGACAGAGAGGAGAGAGAGAAAAUCCCAAGCAGGCUCCACCCUGUUAGCACAGAGCCCCUGGGGCUCAAUCCCGUGAACCAGGAGAUCAUGACCUGAGCCACAACCAAGGGUCAGAUGCUUAACAGACUGAGCCAUGUAGGCUCAUAUAUACCUUUUAUUAUACAAAAAUAUCUUUGAAGGGUCAAGUUUUCUGAAGUGCACAAACAAGUUUUUGUUGCUAACACAGAGUUCUUCUCUGUGUGUGGCAUUAUAAUAGAUGCUCAAUAAAUAUGUACUGAAUAAGUGAUCCAAAUUUCAAUGCUCUAAAAGGAUAUCCUUGGUUAAGUAUUUUAACAGUGAGUUCCUAAAAACACAUAGGUUAAUAUUUUUAUUUAAUAGAAGGUAAAAAAAUUUAAUUGCUUAAGAAAUAAAUAUCAGAAAAAUACUUUAUAAAAAGUAAUAUUAAAACAAAUAAUCAAAUGUAAUUAUGACAUAGUUAUUGAAUAACACAAAAGCUACUUGGUGAUAAUACUAACAUUCCAGCAACCCUGUUAAUAUGAGGUUAACCAUUCUGUCUCUAUAUCAUUACAAAGUAAUAUUACAUUUUACCAUAGAGGCAAAAAAGGAACUAGCCACCAUGCAGUAUAAAGAGGUAAAAUUGAUUAUUAAGAGGUACAAUUGAUUAUAAUUAAGAUGUUCUUGAGUCCUGGGUUACAAGAAAAACUGCAAAUUUUCUAACAUGCUAGAAUACGUCUACUGCCAAAUUCCUAUUAGCUUAUUAAAUGUAUUCCAUACGUAUCUUUUUAUAAAUGUUUGCCUUAUAGUUUGUAAAUAUCUUAAUGUUAUGACAGAAUUUACAUUAACUUUAAUUUUUAUGUUUUCAUUUUAAAAAACUUGUUUUACUAACGACAGAAAACAAACUGAUGGUUACCAGAGGGGAGAUGGGUGGGAGGACAGGUGAAAUAAAUAGGUGAUGGGGAUUAAGGAGGACAGUUGCUAUGAUAAGCACUGGGUGAUGUAUGGAAGUGCUGAAUCACUAUAUUGUACGCCUGAAACUAAUAUCACACUGUAUGUUAACAUAACUAACUUGAAUUUAAACAAAAACUUAAAAAAAAUACAAAAAACUAGGGGAGGCAUAAAAUAAAUAAAUAAAAUACUUGUUUCACAUAAGCAGCAAAAGAAAAUCUUAACCAGAAGUCCUUGUGGGAAAAUACCUGAGUAUGACACUGGCCCACCAUUUUUGGUAGAGCACACUUUUUUUUUAAGAUUUUAUUUUUAAUCUCUACACCCAAUGUUGGGCUUGAACUUACAACCCUGAGAUCAAGAGUCACAUGCUCCACUGAGUCAGCCAGGUGCCCCUGGAGCAUGCACUUUUAAAGUGAUUUCAAGGGGUGCAUGGGUGGCUUAGUCGGUUAAGCGUCCAACUUCAGCUCAGGUCAUGAUCUCACGGUCCGUGAGUUCGAGCCCCGUGUCGCGCUCUGUGACGACAGCUCAGAGCCUGGAGCCUGCUUCGGAUUCUGUGUCUCCCUCUCUCUGACGCUCCCCCGUUCAUGCUCUGUCUCUCAAAAAUAAAUAAACAUUAAAAUAAAUAAAGUGAUUUCAAGAAGUGGAAAUGACAGUUCUAGUAAUCCAUCCAGACUCUUCCUCAAGACUAACAUUUUUUGGAUAUCUGGUGGCACUGUUAGAUGGCAAGGGAACAGAGCUGUAUGUCCUACAUAAAAACUGAACCUAAAAACCUUGGCCUAAUUCAAAUUACCUUUCUAUGCAAUCUUUUCUAUAUUUGGCUUUUAUGCCAGACACAUGCAAAGCAGAAUUAAAGUAUUAAAUAAAAUAUUAGUUUGUCUGCCACAUUUUGUAUUUUAAAUUGUUAUAUUUUGGACACUCACAAGUUUUGUUUUAAUAAACAUGUCCUUACUGCUUCAAGACCAACUUCAACCCUAUGCAAAGUUUUUUUAAUUCCAAAAGUAAAAAUGUUCCAAGUUAAGUGUCAGAUAUACUUCAAGUGCUUUCUCAGAGGUAAAUCCUUGAUUUCCCAUGCAUGUGCUACACAUGCAAACAGCAGAUUUUUGACUGUUAAAGUAUAGAAAAUGUGUUGAAUAUUGGGGUUAAUCAUAUAAAUCUAGCCUAUCAGCUAUGCCUUGGAUAUGUGAAGUUGAAAAUCAAUUAAAAUGGAGGAAAAAAACUUUCCCAUUA